ACGCACAUAAAAACACACCGAUAAACCGUGUGCCUUUUUACAUUCAUACAUACCAGCAAUUUCAAUAUAGAAAUGCUCACACGAGCUCGUCGGGCGGUUUGCAUCUAUUUGAAAAGAAAACAAAAGAGCUUUACUUUCUUGCUAUCGCGGCAGGAUGCUUAAUCGAUAACAGAAAACAUCGCUUAUGUUAUCUUGCUACGACUAACGUUAUCUGAUGCGGAGCUGCUUUAUUGCUCUGUCGCGGAACUCUUGAUUAAUGGCAUCGGAUCAUCCGUAAACCUCGAUCAUUGGAUAAGUCACAGGAUAAGUCCGAGGAUUUGAACAGACUUCCGUGAUAUUGCGCCAUAUUACAUUAGUUUGUUAGUUAGCACCUCUAGCUGCAGCUCUACAGUCAUGACGCUACAUGGCUAACUGACCAUAAUGCCAAACCAAAAUGCCGUUUUACUUUCUUUAAACGGGAACCUGGAUGCACCAGGACGCUCGCCGAACACAAACACGCCGGGCUGCCUAAACCGUCAGACAUUGUUUUGACGCAGAAAUCGUUUUGAGAAGAAGUUAGCCUGGUUAGCUUCGGGCAGGCGCUCGCGCUCUUACUUCGCACACGGCAACAACUUUUGUGUUUCAGCUUAUAAUUGAGUUUCCGUGUGUGUUUGGAUACCGGUGCCGUGUUCUGUCGGUAAGGAGCGGGCUCGUGUGAGCGUGUGAUAGACGCUGAAGAGAGAUGCAGCGGUGGUGAGGAAGAGCUCAAUGCCGUGUGUGCUGGAGGAUGAUGCGGAUGAGCUGGAUGAUCACAGUCAUUAACAGAAGAAUGAUGAAGAUCCUGAUCGCCCUCGCUCUCGUUGCCUACAUCGCCUCUGUCUGGGGAACCUACGCAAAUAUGAGGUCUAUACAGGAACACGGAGAAAUGAAGGUUGAGCAGAGGAUAGAUGAGGCUGUGGCACCUCUCAGGGAGAAGAUACGAGAACUUGAGCUUAGUUUUACCCAGAAGUACCCACCUGUGAAAUUCUUAUCUGAGAAGGACCGAAAGAGGAUUUUGAUCACUGGUGGGGCAGGAUUCGUGGGCUCGCACCUCACUGAUAAGCUUAUGAUGGAUGGUCACGAAGUGACGGUGGUGGAUAAUUUCUUCACUGGCCGCAAGCGCAAUGUAGAGCACUGGAUUGGCCAUGAAAACUUCGAGCUGAUCAACCAUGAUGUAGUGGAGCCUCUUUAUAUCGAAGUUGACCAGAUAUACCAUUUGGCUUCGCCUGCAUCGCCACCCAACUACAUGUAUAACCCCAUCAAGACACUGAAAACUAAUACUAUUGGUACUCUCAACAUGUUGGGAUUGGCCAAGCGAGUCGGAGCUCGUUUGCUCCUCGCCUCCACUUCAGAAGUGUAUGGAGACCCAGAGGUGCACCCCCAGAAUGAGGACUACUGGGGUCAUGUGAACCCUAUUGGCCCCCGGGCCUGUUAUGAUGAAGGGAAACGUGUUGCGGAGACAAUGUGUUACGCCUACAUGAAACAGGAAGGAGUAGAGGUGAGAGUGGCUCGGAUCUUCAACACCUUCGGCUCUCGCAUGCACAUGAAUGAUGGGAGAGUGGUCAGCAAUUUCAUUCUGCAGGCUUUACAAGGAGAGCCGCUGACGGUUUAUGGUUCAGGUUCUCAGACGAGAGCUUUCCAGUAUGUGAGUGAUCUGGUGAAUGGGCUGGUGUCCCUGAUGAACAGUAACAUCAGUAGUCCGGUUAACCUGGGCAAUCCAGAGGAACACACUAUACUAGAGUUUGCACAGCUUAUUAAGAGUCUAGUUGUGAGCCGCAGUCAUAUUCAGUUCCUUCCAGAAGCACAGGAUGAUCCACAGAGAAGACGGCCAGACAUCCGCAAAGCCAAAAUGCUUCUGGGCUGGGAACCUGUGGUGCCACUGGAGGAAGGCUUGAACAAAACCAUCCAGUACUUCAGCAGAGAGCUGGAGCAUCAGGCCAACAAUCAGUAUAUACCCAAACCCAAAGCUGCACGGAUGAAAAAAGGAAGACCCAGACACAACUGAUGAAUUGUGUGUUGAUCUCAGGGAUGCUGGGAUACUGAAGGACCUUAGACGUCCAGCAGCCGUUUUACAGCGUGGGUUUCCCACCUCCCACUUUCAGAUCCAUCUUUUUGAGAAAUUUUCUGAUGUUUUUCGCAAAUGUUUUGAAAAGCGGCUCAGGCAGAGAGCUGUCUCUAAAGAGUUUGUUUUUCAGUCAAAUGUGCCUCAAAGAUAUCCAAUUUACAGACUUUGCCUUGCACUUUGGUUCGUCGGUCGUCUGUCUGUUAUUUAAAGCAAGCUUAGAUCUUCAUGUGCAUUUUUUUUUGUUGUGUGUUUACAUCCUGUGCCGUUUUAAUUGAUGUGAUCUAUUUUUUUAUCGUCGUCAAAGCUAGCGGUGUGUUAUUGCUCAACGGACACCUGUAGAAAAUUAUGGCAAUUAACAGUUGCAAACUAUUUAAAGAGCUCAAAUGUCCGGUCUGGAGCAGGAAACCUCAUCCAGCUCCGUCGAGAAAUCUGGGGACGCAGAUGAAAGAAAAGCUUUGGAAAAUGUUCUUUCUGCUUUAAACUUUGUGAUGAUUUUGAGCAAAAUCUGUUGUUACCUUUGUGAAACUUCAUACAGAACUUUGAACCUAUAAUUGAUUUCAGGUGAAAAUAAUAUUUUAAUAAAAUAUUUACUGUGA